AUGGGUUGUGCGAAUUCUCACCAUGUUCAAACCAAUUCUUCAUUGAAGCUACAAAAACAGAAAACAGUCGACAGUGCGGUUAGCUUUACCGAUCGCGAAACUGCUAUAUUGCGAAGCACGUGGCCAUUAUUGGCAUCGGAUAUGACUAGAAACGGCGGCAAGAUUUUUCUUCAGAUCUUCGCUGUGGCUCCCCAUGUGAAGGAUUUGUUUCCCUUCCGUUACGUCCCUAACGAUAUGCUUCAACAGAACGAAAUCUUCAAGAUGCACGGGCGGCGAUUUAUGCAAUCUGUUGGGGCGGUUAUAGAGAACAUAGAUAACCUGGACGGCGACAUAUCUAUUCUACUACACAACUUGGGGAAACGACACACAGAUUUUGACGAAGUCGACGGUGCGUACUUUGACAUUUACACGGAUUGCAUGAUGCAUACUUGGCGAUCGAGUCUGGGGAACGAGCUUUUCACGCCGGACGUCGGACAAGUCUGGCAUAAAUUGUUCGAUUUCAUUAUCAAUUGCAUCAAAGAUGGAUAUUUCCUUGCAAUGAAAAAUAAAAAAAAUAACAGUGACGAAGUUAAAAAGAUAUAA